GCGGUCCUGCUAGAAGACUAAAUGCUCUAUUAUUAAGUAGUAUCAACGGCGAUCUUCGGCUUCCGUCAUCGCGUCUUCCACAGCUAGAAAAAACACAAAAUGAAUAUCAACUUCUAAUGGAACUCGCAGAACGUACAAUCGACUAG